AUGGCAAGAAGAUACGAUCAGAGAACAACUAUAUUCUCACCAGAGGGUAGAAUUUAUCAGGUAGAGUAUGCAAUGACUGCAAUUAGACAUGCAGGAGCAACAGUUGGUAUUCUGGCAAAAGAUGGAAUUGUGUUGGCCGCUGAGAAGAAGACCGUGGCAAAGCUGCUCGACACCUCCAGCACUCAAUGCGAGAAGAUGUUCAAGAUUGACGAUCACGUGGUGUGUGCAGUGGCCGGCAUCACCUCGGACGCCAACAUCCUCAUCAACUAUGCGCGCCUCUCCUCACAGCGCUACUACUACACAUAUCAGGAGCCGAUGCCCGUCGAGCAGCUCGUCAGCCAGAUCUGCGACACCAAGCAGGGCUACACGCAAUACGGAGGUCUGCGUCCGUUUGGCGUGUCGUUUCUCUACGCCGGCUGGGACAAGCAGUACGGCUUCCAGCUGUACCAGUCGGACCCCUCUGGCAACUUUGCCGGUUGGAAGGCCACCUCAAUUGGAGGCGAGAACAGCCAGGUCGCUCAGUCUGUUCUCCGUUCCAGCUACAAGCCCGACAUCUCGCUGAAGGAUGCCCUGCAGCUGGCCCUCAAGGUGCUGACAAAGACCAUGGACCGCUCCAACAUCAACUCGGACAAGCUGGAGUUUUCAUACAUCACCAGAAAGGACGACCGACUCGUCUACCACGUCUUUGACGCCAAGGAGCUCGAUCAAUUCAUCAAGGAUACAGACUUGGAGCAAGAGACCGAUGAGUCAUAA